AUGGCACUCUCAUCGUGCAACGUGCUGGCCAACCCAUCUUUCGAAUCCGGUGUCCUCUCACCCUGGGUGCCAAGUGCAGUCGAUGUAGCGCAAAUCAGCACCGGCACUCCCGUCUUCGACGGCGAGUAUUAUCUAAACCUCGAAACCGCCGUCGGAAACCGCGGCAACGAGAUCUCCCAAUGCAUCAACGGCCUCACCAUUGGCGCCAACUACACCUUCAGCAUGCAAGUCAGAUCCCCCAACUAUGCCGCCAACUACUGCAGCGUCCUCGCCUACCGAGGCUCGAACUCCACGUCUGGAUUGCUUGCUUCCGAGUUGUUGUUCACCCAAGACGAAUGGGUUGAAGUGAAGGGAAGCUAUCGGCCGAGGCACUCGAGAGACACGCUUCACGUUGGGGCGAGCUGUACUUUCUCGGGCUCGUCGUAUACCGGAAAUGUUCUUUUUGAUGAUAUCUUCUUGGGAAGGGAGGAGGAGUGUCAGGUUGUACUGGAUUAG